CCAGGCCUUACCUUACCUUACUUAACCUAAUCGACCUACCUCGCCUGUUCAACCUUCAUCUGCUCAUUUCCCUCAACCUGCGACACAUCGUCGACCUAACUCGUACCGCCAUCUUCAAUGCUCUUGGUGUCGCGACUACCUAGAUCCUCUCUUUAGUCCAUCUUCCUUUGCUCUCACGUGCCUGUGUCCGAGCCCCAGUCUUCUGGAGAACUCAACUCAUUUGGCGCGAUUAGCCAAGCGCCGACGUCGCAAAACCCUCUACCCGACUGCCUCCCCUGUCAAAAAAGCUGGUCGAGUCGUCCGUCUUCCUGGUGACCAUCUGGUGAGAGCGCCGAUUCUCUUGUGGCUUUUCAUCCCGCGUCCGUUUGGUCUACAAGUCAACCUUUUCGUAUUUCGUCUGGAAGCGCUUUGACCGCCACUCCGUCUAUUCCAUCACGCUUCCAGCUUCCGUCUUGCGCCAGGCCAUCGCCUGGCGGCACUUCUCACUGACCAAGGAGCCGAGCUUUUUGUUUGAUCUUCAGUUGCACCAUCUCUUGGUUCGCAUUGUUUGUACGACCAGCGCUGCUUCAGAAGGUCAUCCAAUAUACUGCACACCAAUCUCCAAUCCCAACCUUAAUUAAAUGACAGAACCCGAGGCAGAGCUUCAGGCGACUGCCAACCUCUCCCCGGUCUCCCCAUCACCUGUUCAUUCAGCCACCUCGUUGGCGGUCCCUGUGCUUCAAGAGACCGUUGAGACCAUCGACGCCAUGGUUGCUGCCGCUGCCGCUGCCGCUGCCGACGCCAAUGGCUCUAUCAACAAGGCUCCUAAUCUUGAGCCCAUAUCAGGGGCUGGUGGUGAUGACGAUAUCGUAGAUGACGACAGCCUCAACGACCCUUAUGGUGAAGACGACACAGACGUGGCCGCCCAGCAAGUGCCGCAGCCUCAGGUUGAACAAGAACUCCCCGACAGCAAUGACGAUUACGCAAAGACUUUUGAUUCACCAAUUGGGACGGAGGAGGGUGAAGACGGAGUCGUCGAACCACAAGAUGUAUCAUCGCUACCACGAGAAUCCAACGAAAUUUCUCUUUCAUCCGAUCAUUUGACAAAUCGCACAUCUCAAGUCUCCCAUGUCGUUCAUGAAUCAUCUUUGUCGGCCCAGCCAGGCCAAUCUGCGACAUCAACUACUUCCAAUGCUUCCUCCGAAGCUCAAGCUGCCGGCGUCGCAAAUACCUUCACGUCGCAGCCAUCCAACCAGCAAACGUCGUCUCCAAGCACGGCCAAGCCGGGCGCCAGUAACGCUGCCAGCUCUGCCAGUCCUUCAGCUGAUAUUCAACGCCUGGUUGCUGAUCUCACAGCGCCUUCCAACUCCAACACACAUUAUGCUCCGUCCCUCUUAGGUGAACAUUCUCUCGAGUCUACUAUUCCGUCUUCAGCCUUCUCAUCGUCAGCUUCUCUUCCACCGAGGCCUCCGCUAUCACAGGCAGUUCCUCAGACGUAUGCCUCGCAGCACCACCCACCUAGCAUCAAUGCCAGUAUUCCCUCGAACCUAGCUGCGCCCCCCACGCCCGGGCAGCCAUCCACUUAUGUGGCAACUGGCGCGCCUGUUGCAGUCCCUGAUGCUCUGGGUGAAUUUCCGGUUCCGCUUGGCUCCGGUCUCCAGGCGCCUAUCGCCAUCACUUCUAUGAACGCCCCUCCAUACCCACCCAAGCCUGCUCUCUAUAAUACUGAUCAAGCUCAAGAUUCCGAAUAUGAGCGCCAAUGGAAUCAAUUCUUAGCCGACGAAAACCAGUAUAUAGCUGAGGCCAAAUGGGACCGUUUCCCAGAGGGUUCACGCAUUUUUAUUGGUACACGAUCCGCGUCCGGCGCGUCCAAAAAUGGCGCUCACAUAUUCGCUACAGGUAAUCUCUCGAGCGACAAGGUGUCGAAACAGGAUGUUUUCGAUCUAUUUCAUCGGUUCGGAAGGAUUGCUCAAAUCUCACUCAAAUCUGCGUACGGCUUCGUCCAGUACCAUUCUAUCGAGGAAGGACAGAGAGCGAUGGAUAAUCUACAAGGCAUCGAGAUCAAGGGUCGCAGAAUUCAUCUAGAAGUAUCGCGUGCUCAGGACAAAUCAAAAAAGGACAAGACUCGAAGCCCAGACAGGAACAAAACCCGCGACAGUGGUCGCCGAAAUGAACGGCAAGGCCACCAAACCCGGGAUGAUUAUCGAUCUAGUCGCGGUCAUUCUCCUCAUCGCAACGAUUACGGAAGAGAUGAGUCGUAUGGUCGAGAUCGAGGCUUUUAUGACAACAGCAGGGGGCGUGCACGAUCUCGGUCCCCGGGAUACGGUCGCAACGGCAAGGACAACAAUUAUCGACGAAGAAGUCCGAGCCCUUAUGGGCGACCUCGACAUGAGGCUGAGCUUGAUCUCCCACGGAGGUAUGGUGCUGACGUCCCUGACGUACAGGUCAUCCUUCAGCCAGAUGUAAAUCGCGACUUUGUCAACUGGGUGGAGCAAGCUUUCAAGUCCCAAGGUCUUAGGUCUGAGGUUAUGUUCCUGCAUCCUAGGAUUCCCAAGGACAUGGUAGUUCAGCGGCAAGCGGCCGAAGGUGUUCAUGCCGUUGUUGAUCUCGAUAUUCGAGCGCAAAGCUCAGGCAAGAUUCCGGUACAGGCCUUUGAUCGCUCCGCUGGCUCCAACAAUGUUCGAUAUGAUCAGUACGAAAACCUGGACCCCGCUACUGCAGCCAAGGUUAUUCUUCAAGCCAAGGCAUCAGGAGGCCCUCCUAACUAUGGUCAAACUUACAGAGGAAAUGGCUAUGGUAGUGCUCCUUAUGGAGGUCAGCCCCCGUAUCAAGCGCCUGCAGCCAGUUACCCUGGCCCUCCCCCUCCCGCACAAUACGGUCAACAGCAGCCUCCUCCAGUCAACGUCGCUGACAUUGCGAAUAUGAUGGGUCAGCUUGACCCUGUGUCACUUCAGCAAUUGCUCGCACAAGUUCAAGGGGGCGUCCAAAACCCAACGCCUGCUCAAGGUGGCACAAGUGCAGCUGCCGCUGGAGCACCUCAACCUGACAUCCAGGCACUACUUGGAAGUCUGGGUGGGAAUGGUGCAGCUCAGCAACAUCAACAACAGCAGCACCCUCCAGGCCCAUAUGGAGCUUCCUACGGGCAUGUACCACAGCCACCGUCGAACGGAGAUGCAGCGGUUCAAGUUCAGAAUAUCAUGGCACAGCUGGCUAGAUACCGGCAGUGAGACUGAACGACAAUAUGUGAGCUCUCGAUGAAGAUGAGAUAUUGGGUGUGGCUGAUGACACCCUCUUAUGAUACCAGCAAAGGUUGCGGUUUCUUUUAGACGUUGGAAUUUCUGAUAUUGCCUUGUUCUUGUUGUUUAUUCAUACUCUAGAUUUCAUGCCGGCUUAACGGCAUCCCUACUUGGGGUUAGAUAACGGAGUGUGGUGCGUUAUUAGUGAGGGUCGGAAGAUGGGUGAGGCGUUGAUGGACGAAAUUCUUGAUGGCUAUUACGAUGGUUUAGCAAGGACAAGACUGCACCUCGCGCGAGCAUAGAAUAUGAUAGUAUGGCCUAUAAUGACGGUGGUGUUGUAUUGGUGUGCAUUCUAUACCGAAUUGCUUUGGGAUGAGGUAUGGCUGGGGGUUUGAACCUAAGAUACCCAACGUGGUCUUUAGAUAUUCAUAGUGCGCUCACUAUUGGAGCAGCUUCCUAUUCUUUUCGAGUUUCCCGGAGUUGCCAGGUUCGUGGGAGCAUGACUGACCUCUUGAACCAGGCCCAAACGGUAGAAGGUUUUCUCUGUAAGGCAUAACCGUCUCUACAGUUUUCUACACGCCACAAUGCUUUUAGACCAACCACGGUCAAGACAACCAAGGGGUCGCGGAGCGGCUACCUCUAGCUCGACAUGGCGAUCUAAGUUAGGUUGUGGAAGUUGUGGAAUUUUGCAAGGCUUACAACCAAGACGCUGCUGUUUUAUGUGAUCUAUUUGCUAACUAAUCACUCUCAACCAACAUACUUCAGGCUGAAAGAGAACAGCCAUGGUGCUCGUCAUACAUUGUCUUUCCACCUACCAUCCAAAACUUUCAUUGUGCCACCAGACUCUGCGUCCCUUCAUCACCCACGGUGUCACACUCUUGCGUAGCUCUCGGCUCAUCUCAACAGGACCGCAGACCAGAAUAGCCACACUAUCCUGCUGACCCUUUUGGAACGUAUCGUCAACGAUCUUUUGUAGAUCAGGCCUUUUGCUGUUUCGAACGACCGGACGAGUGCUCUGUUGAGAUAAAUUGUUCAUUUCAACGCCAGCUGCGUUAUCGCUGUCAUUGGCGACACCCAUGUCUCCCGUGAGGAAGAGCUGCACUUGAUCAUCGUCGAGAAGAGACUUGCCAGUAGGAGUUGAGGCGGCCCAGGUUGCGUCGCCUGCACUUCGAAUGGCCCAAACGAGCUGGACAUUUGUGGUUGAGUUCUCAGCUAGAACAGCGUGGUAGAGCGGUACAGCAAAGGUUGCUCCCACACCACCCGCCACGAUGAGUAUACGGUUGAUACCUGAAUUGAUGAGGUCGUUGAACGUCUUCCCUAUGGCACCAUAAGGACCCUCAAUAUUAAGUUCGACCUUCUCAGUCGACCCUCCAGCGUUGGUAGUCGAGGACAGAUGGUGCAGACGGUUCGUCAUGGGGCCAUUUCUUGUGCGUGCGACAAGUGUCAACUCACCCGUCUCCUGAUUGGUAGAUGCCACAGUGAAGGGGUUAUAAAGAAACUCAAAGACGAGAUAAGGAGCUGAGAAUUGCCCAAUUCCUGGUCGCGAAGCUGCAGGGACGUUGAGAUAGAUGUGAGAUCCUGGGCGGGCGGUGUACUUGGCAAUCUUUGGAGCUGGAAGCUUGGCAGAGACUUUGACGAGACUUGUGCCAGGGAUAGCUUCGAUGACAGCGGGAGCUGUGAUGGUGGUGAUCUUUCGUGCGGCAAGGUCAAGAACGAAGACGCCAACGGCCUCGGCGAUAUAGAAUCGCGAGGACGGUGCAUGAUAGUAGAUCAAGGGGGGGAUAGCAAAGGCUCCAAAGAGGUGAACGAUGAAGAAGAGUCGGUAUGAAGCUUGACGAACGCGAGCCAUUGCUGUACCGUUAAGCACAUGGAGAACAGUAAAACCAGCAACGCCUGCAAAUACAACCGGGGCGAAGAAGCGUUUGAACCAUAUUCCAGACUCUAUGAAGAAGAUGUUGUAUAAGAUAGCAUGAAGUAUGAGCAGGGAGUAGAUAAUGCGACCAAGGACACGAUGAUAUCGAUUGAGAUGUUCGUGAGAUGAGUGAAGCAGAUAUGCGUAAGGGUUGAGCGCUUUGAGAGCGAGGAGAUACUGAAUAGGCAUCUGAGAGGUAGCAACGAUGCCCACUCGCUUUGUGAGAUGAAGAUAAUC